CUUAAGCAAUUUGUGCUGGAUCCGCUUUGUCUUUCGGGGAGAAAGGUGAUGGGGGUGCUCCCAACAGCAAUGCAGCAGCGUCAUCGGCAUUUCUGCGCCGAUCGCAAUCGCCUGAGGCUGAACAAGCGGAUGAGAACCCUCAAGAUGACCUUGUCAACUGGACUUUGAUGCUCCAAGAAGUUAAAUCAGUGGUAACUCAACAACCUCUGCAUUCGCUGAGUUUGGCGUCAUGCAAUCUUGAAGCGAGCUGUCUGCGUCCACUCGCAUCAUACAUCGAGGGGAACGGAACUUUGAGAGAGCUUCACUUACAGGGAAAUUCCCUCCUGACAGAUCCUCCUCUCGCAGGCUUGUUCGCGAGGAGUGUGCGACACUCCGUCCUUGGCAUUCUGAAUCUGAGCACAAACAGAAUGGAUGACAGGAACGAAGCUUUCGACGUCUUCCUUCUGAACCUCAAUUCAGUGACUCUGCAGACAUUGUCACUUUCGCAACUAAUCAAGGACGGUUACGUGGAGGAGCAGUAUGCGACCGCCGACGGUACGAUUCAAACGAAGCGAAGAUCUUUGGGGAUCAAGGCUGCUCGCACGCUUGCCUUGUUCAUCAGACGGAGCCUCCAAACUCAAGUAUGUGCCUCGUCAUCUGCCAGAGAAGCGUCGAAGGCGCGAUCGUUCCCACCAUACGCUGGCUGUCCAAACUUGACACUGCUCAAGUUGAAUGCCAACUCUUUUGGCCAAGGCGGCGUGAGCCUGAUCACCGCCGCUCACUGCGGUGACUCGAGCUGGCACGAAAUCACUCCACGGCUGAACCAGCGGCUUGAUAGGCCAGGCGCGCACUUCGCCUCUUCAUUGGAGCCUCGUGCAGAUUGGAUGCUCUAUGGGAGUAGACACUUUCUCCUCGUCAACCUCUACGCCUGCGAGUCAAUGACAGAGGAUCACGUGGUUUUCGAAGACAUCCUUGCCGUGGUGCGCCAUGGCCAUAUGGCACUCGAGAACGGUCAAGAAAGGUCUGAUUGGUCCGCUGCAAAUGCUAUCCUCACCGAACACCCCUGUCGUGGAGUGCAGGACACCGGAUCCGUCCGUUUCGAGGCUCAGGCGCUGGAGCGGGUCUUAGAAGCACUGGCAUGCUACAAUGAGACUAAGGGUCACCCACUGAACAAUCUUCUGAAGCCGCUGCACCCAUCUAUCACACGAUGCACGCAGAUUGCUGCCUUUUCGGUCUUGGGUGUUGCGCGUGUCCUCGGUUGCAACGUAUCGUCUGCUGCAACGGCCGAUGGAUCACCGCCUUGGUGGCUUCAUCUGCCACCGGAACUUAAAAUUGCAAUAUUGAGGCAAGUAGCUUCUCAGAGCAGAAUCGAAUAUGACCAUGAAUACCCUCGCUUCUUCUCAGAACGACAGCUGUUGGCUGUGCUCAGCUUUGCCAGCGAUGCGCGAACGAUCGGCUACGGACGAACGAACGAAGCUCUCAUUGCAACACUACGCGUCAAAGAAGAGGAGGGCCUAGUGAAGGAAGGAAGGUUGCAGCCUGGGAUUCUUGGCACUCCAAUCUGGAGCUUUGUGGAAGCAGCUCGUCGUUCGCCGCCACGAAAUUGGCCGGCCGAGCUGGCGCACAUGCAGCGCGACUUAUCGAGUGACACUUGGUCGACAUCGAGAAGCCGGCACGCCGAAGCAGCAGCCUUUUUGGAUAUCACUGAGACUUUGAUGUGUAGAGAAUAAGCCGUAUAAGCAUGGACGAUAGUAAGGAACGGCGGCACGCUGAAGCACUUGUGCAUGGCAUAGUGACCUUACUCUGCAGAGAGCAGGUCACUCAACGCACGCAUGCCACCUGGUAGAUUCCUAGAUAGACCGUAUAUCGCCUGCAAUGUAUUUCGAACAAUUCAUCCCAGUUAGCGGUGCAAUUACUCAAUAUAAUCUCGUUGAAAGGCAAAUGUCCCCGAACGGAGCAGGCUGACGGCCGCAAAACGACUAGGGUCACAGGCUCGUGUUUUCGACCGGGCUACGUAGUUGGUCCUAUAGGUCCAGAGGGGCUGCUCUGACCUUUCUCCAGCUGUGAACGGGAUG